AUGUUACCUGUUAAUAUACAACGACAGUAUUUAAUAAAUUCAAACUUAUUCCGUCAUUUGAAGAGUUGCAUUAAUAGGAGAGGAAUCCGAACGUUGAAUGGUGUAAUCUAUUCCGGACAUAACAAAUGGUCAACUAUUAAACAUCAAAAGAUGAAAAAUGACGCCAUGAAGAAUAAGAUUGCAAAUAAGAUAUCGUUACAAAUUGCCCUUGCUGCAAAACAGAAUGAUACAAAUCAAUUGAACAGUCUUAUCGAACUAGCUACGAAGAGUAACGUAUCAAAGAAAGUUGUCGAGAAUGCCAUAAAGAAGGGAACAUCUGGGGGUAGUAGUAAUGGACAGGAUGCAGAUAGUAAUAUUUGUGUUUAUGAGGGGAUGGGGCCUGGAGGUGUAGCCUUUGUCAUUGAAUCGACAACAAAUAAUAAAAAUAGAACUAUCAGCUUGGUCAGAAGCGCCUUUACAAAAGCUAAUGGAUCCAUGACACCAACGUUAUAUCAAUUUGAUAGAAGAGGUUAUUUGGAAGUCUUAGCGCCCAAAAAUUUAGAUUCCGAAGAGAAAGUAUUAGAAUUAGGUCUUGAAAUCGAAGGUGUAGAAGACAUAGAACCGAUUGCUCAAGAAGAAAGGAUUCAAGAUGAGGAGAGUAUUUCUUUAAAUCCAGGAAAUGAUGAACCACUAUAUGAGGUUAUAAUUACUGACCCAUCGGAUACUAAUCAGGUUGCAGAUGAUUUCAUCAAAGCGGGUUUCAUUAUAAGGGAACAAGUGCGUAACAAGUACAUCCCCAAAAGAGACAUGGUCAUCAAUAUUAAUGAUGAAGAUAUAAUUCUCAAGCUUGAAAAACUACAAGAUCAACUCGAUGAGAUCGAAGACGUAAGGGACUUCUACACAAAUGCUCGAUAUUAA